AGCGGCGGUUGCCGGGGGAAUGAGCUCCGAGAAGGGGAACGUGGCGCGCAGGCGGCCCCAGCGCCACCAGAACGCGCGCGCCUUCAGGAACGACAAGUACGACACCAGCGCUCGGCUGAAGAAAAUAAAUUCUAAACUUCAUGAUGGAGUGUGUCAGCAUUGUAAAGGUAUUUUGGAGUGGCGGGUAAAAUUCAGCAAGUAUAAACUACUAUCAAAACCUAAAAAAUGUGUGAAGUGCCUCCAGAAAGCUGUGAAAGAUCCUUACCACAUUAUUUGUCGACCAUGUGCUAGUAAACUAGAAGUUUGUGCCAAAUGUGGAAAAGAAAAAGAAAUUGUAAUUCCGAUCAAUAAAGGACAAGAUGGAAUUGAGGAUAAGACUUCUAAAAACGGCCAGGAAAGUGGACUGGAGGAUGAACUGGAUUUUGACACGAACUUGAGUAGUACAGACAGUGAAGAAGAUUCUGAUAGGCUUGAAGAAAGAUUUAAAAGUAUGAACUUUGAAAGGACAGAGAUUCAAAAACUUGAGUUUGUAGAAGAGACUGUACACAAUGAAUUGUGAUAGACUGAUGCUUUCCUCUGACUUCUGCUCUGAAAACCUGGUCUGACAUUUAAAAAUCCUCAUGUACUGGCACAGUGUGUUUUGAUUCUUGUUGUGGAGAGACUUGUUACUUGUUUGAAAGACUCAGAGUUUGAAUCUUUAAGUACAGUUAUUUCUUGUAUGGAUGUUCCUCUGUGUGUUAUCGAGUCCAGUAUUACACAACUGUUGUAUUGCCAUUUGAAAAACUACAUGGACAUCUGUAGUUCAAAUAAAAAAAUAAAAAGUUCUGUCAUUUAAAAAAAAAAAAAAAAAAAAAAAAAAGUUAAACCAAUUUUAAUAGAUUUUGAGGGAAGAACUUGCAUCUUUUGUCAGUGAGCUUCCAGAGGCCAUUACUGAAAUAUCAAGUAAUCAUUGUUCUUACUCCAGCUGUCUCUUUUCCAUGGGAAGAGUGCCUAAGUGCCAUCAAUAUCCAUUUCAUAUUUGUGACCUUGUUUUUACCAAAAUUUUGAAAUGGAAAAAAGAAAAAAAAAAUGUUUAAGACUUUAGAAUUUUUCAUACAUGUUCCACACUUUCUUUUCAUUCGGAUGUAGACAUAAUGUAGUUUCCUCUAAUACAAAAACACUUAGGUGCCAUGCAGGGAUGCUAAUAUAGAAUUAUGUUUAAUAAGUUACGAUUUCAAAUGCCGUACUAUUACACAGCAGGAUUCCUGACUUUCAGUUCCUUGUAGGGAUUAUUUCAAUGUAGACUAAGCUCUAAGAAGAACUUCACUGAAAUGAACUUCUGCUGGAUUCAGUGUGAUUUGAUUUGUUUUAUGUCAUCUGCCACAUCUAUGAAUAAUGCAGGAGAAGUGCUUCUUGUUUACUAAAUAGUUUAAUGCAAGAACAACUAACAAUAUAGUUUUUACUGACCACUGAAAAAUUAACCAGCUUGUUUGGCGUUGUCUGAAUUGCAGUUACGAGGCACAGAAAAAAAAAAAAGAAAAAAUGUAAAAAUGUCUUCUUCAAAUCAAUUGUGAGGGACUUUGACUUGUGUUUUUCCUUCAAAAUAUGGAAAUACUGAAACUUUUAUUUCUUUUGGAUAGGGAUAGCCACCAUGUCUCUACCGUAGCUGACUUUCAAAGAAAAUCUGCUUAUCAAGAUAUGGAGUGCUAAGAUAUAGAGUGGUCAGGAGCACAGAACCUGUUCAGAUUGAAAUGACAGCAUUAGUAUUUAGUAUUGUUAAUAAUACACAGCAGCAAAAUUCUUGUAAUCAGUCAUCUAGCAUUGAGCUCAUAUAUUUUUUUUCUUUACUGUUUAUGUUCUCGUCACUACAGAUAAGGCCUUAAGCAUUAUGCUAUUUAAUAUCUUCUAUUUAGAUUUGUCUUUCACUUUUAUAUAUUUUCAUGGGAUAUUAAAACAUCACAUUUACUUUUUCUGAACUUCUUGUAAGUUUGUAUACUAACAUCCAAAACAUCAUUUUUAAAUUAUCUCUAAGGACUAGUAAUCUGCAUGAUUUAGUUCUUGUUUCUUUUCAGUGCUGCCCCUCUGCUUUUGAAGAAAGAAAUUUUUCUGUGUCCAUUUUGUCAUAUAUUGAUUUUUGCAAAGUGUUUUAUGAUAACUGUGAGCACCAAGCAAUUGCAAAUCAUGGUCUUCUCUGUUCUUCUUAAUACAUCAAGACUUAUAGCUCUUCACUGAGACAAAGUGUAACGUUUGCUAACUAUUUGAAUAUCAUUUUUAUGCUUAUUUGCAAUCAUAAAGCACUAGAAUUUAUGACCAAAACAACCAGCCUCCUUUUUCCCUCUAUCUAUACAUAUGUUGUUUACAAGCUAAACAACUAGCUUUGUGAUCAACUCAGAUUAUUUCACUCAAUUUCAAUAAUAAAAAAUUCAUCAUUAUAAAA